UGGCCGAACCAUGCUUACAACUGACAGUGAAUGGAAAACGAAGGUGGUUCAUGGUGGAUACUGGGGCACGGUAUUCAACUAUGGCAGAACCAAAAUGCCAACUGUCGUCACACUAUGUAUCUGUUUUAGGUUUUUCCGGUCAAGAACAACAGUUACCCUUUACGGUACCACUUACUGUAAAUCAUGCGAAUCAGACAUUGUGCCAUUCUUUCCUAUUUGCUCCUGAAUGCCCCCGAGAUCUCCUGGGAAGAGAUGUGUUGACAGCAUUAGGAGCAUCUGUACAUUGCUCUAAAGAAGGGAUUUCAGUGGAAUUUCCUAAUGGACAGAUAGUGCAUUGUUCCGGGUCAGCAGGAAAAACACAUCAAAUGAUGUUAAAAGAACUAUCAGACCCACAACACACAGACCCAAUGGCUGAAAUAUAUUGGGUUCUUUUGGAUGACCCCAACCCCCUCCUCCAGUUCUAUCAACAGUGGCAACCAUGGAUUCGAGCACUACACCCUUACCUCCCAGUACCUGAUCCUCCCCACUGCACUCUUAACUAUGACAGGGAUAGUGACUUACAGUACCAAGAUGAGUUCCAACAACAACUGGUAGAUAAGCAAUGGCAAAUACAGGUAACAGAUAUUAUCAUAGGUCCUCAGGGGGUGGCUGCUGUCGUCACGUUAACACCAGAACAACAGGAAUGGUAUCGCCUAUCGUCUUAUGCGGUUCCUCAUAUUUCAUUAGCUUUAGCACCAAAACAUCAGGCUAAGGAUUUGGGAAAUAUGUGUAAAGACGCUGUGGGCUACACUGAAUGGGUGGAAACAUCACUACCAGGGGUUUGGGUGGCAGAAAAAGGGAAAUGCUAUAAAAUAUCACAUUUCAGUUCAGUACAGGGCACAUGUCAAAACGUCUCCCUGCAGCGUCAUCACGGCUGUGAAUUGACUGACGGAGAGGGUGCUGCUUCCAUGUUGUCUACUCUCCCUUCCUCCUUGUGGUCAAAAGGACCGUUUGAUGUGGGAAGAUGCUCCAUGGAACCAGUAACCUUUGAAUUACAUACCUACUGUCCUAUCUGGCGUCCACAGUACAAACAUAAAAUAGAAGCUGCCCAAGGUAUUUCUCCUACAAUACAGGGACUGUGUCAGGCAGGGGUGUUAAGAAAAUCUUACUCUCAAUGGAACACACCCAUACUCCCGGUAAAGAAGCCUAGUGGUUCUUACCGAAUGGCUCAUGAUCUAAGAGCCAUAAAUGAAGUUGUAUCCACACCAGUUACACCAGUACCCAACCCCCACUCUGCUCUCUCCAUGUUGACUCCGGCUCACACUUUUUUCACGUGCAUAGAUUUGGCUAAUGCUUUUUUCUGCCUCCCUCUAGCGGAACACUUACAGGAUAUUUUUUCUUUUACCUAUGAGGGACAAAGAUUGACCUAUAAUGUCUUACCACAAGGUUUUAUCCUCUCACCCUCUAUUUUUAAUGAAACAUUGAGACAACACCUAAAAGGGUUGGAACUCCCGGAAGGAUGUUUUAUUGUACAGUAUGUUGAUGACUUGUUGGUGGCAGCACCCUCGGCCGAGGUAUGUCUGUCCUUGACGCAUGCGUUAUUGUUAAGACUACAUAGUUGUGGCUAUAAGGUCUCUAAAGAAAAACUCCAGUGUUGCAGAGCGCAGGUAUCAUUCCUGGGAAGAGUGAUUACAGCCAAAGGCACUGCUAUGUCACCUGCACACAGAGAGUCGAUUUUGCAUCACCCGAAACCACAAACAGUGAAGGAAAUGUUGUCAUUUUUAGGACUAACUGGCUAUUCCAGACAAUAUAUUCCUAAUUACGCGGGGGACACACAGUUGUUGCGACAAAUGGUCACUAUGGCGGGAAUGAGAAACCUUACUGCUGAGUUAGAAUGGUCUCAAGAAGGGGAGGAGGGGUUCAUACGGCUUAAACAGGAAAUGGCGGCGGCAGCAGCUUUGGCUCUUCCGGAUUAUACGCAGCCUUUCCAUUUAGACGUAUCCGAGCAACUGUCAACUGCUCACGGUGUACUAUAUCAGAAACAAAGAGGAGAAAGAAAGGUGCUAUACUAUUGUAGUAUCCUUUUGGAUACUCCAGAACAAAGAGCAAGUCCCUGUGUCAGAUAUGCAGCAGCCCUAGCUAAAAUAGUAGAGAAAGUCGGACACAUUGUCAUGCAUCAUCCAUUGCACAUUCUCACGUCACAUAGUACUGUGGCUUACGUCACCUCUUCGUGUUUUACUCUCACACCGUUAAGACAGACCAAGAUCUUACAGAUCCUUUCCAAACCAAAUGUGUCAUUCGUACAUGAAGGUUGCAACAUGGCAGAUGGUAUGGGAGAAGGAAUAGCGGAGAAGCAUUCCUGUAUGGAGAAAUCAGAACCAUUUGUAAAACUAAGACCAGGGCUGGAAGCCCUCCCACUGCCAGAACCACAGCUCAAUCUUUACACAGACGGUUGUUGCUUUAGGCAUCCUACUGAGGGACUGAAAGCAGGCUAUGCUGUUGUCUCACUUGUCAAUCCCGGUAAUCAACCAGUUACUCUAUGUGCGUCCCCAUUGGAGGGUAAACAAUCUGCACAGGCGGCUGAGCUAACUGCUGUGGUAUGUGCGCUUCGUAUUGCCGAGGGUAAAACUGUGAAUAUUUUUACUGAUUCUGCUUAUGUUUGUAAUGCUAUACACAGGGACAUGUCUGGCUGGGUUCAGGCAGGGUUCAAAACGAGUGGGAAUAAAUCCAUGGCUCAUGAAGGCCUCAUGAGGGAUUUAUUGGCUGCCGUCCACCUUCCGGAGAAGGUGGCUGUGAUUAAGGUUAAAGGGCACUCAGAAGGGAGUGACCCGGAAAGCAUUGGGAAUAAUGCCGCCGAUGAAGCAGCUAAGGGAGCUGCAGGCUAUGUUGUUAAUAGUAUGAUGAUGUUACAGUUUAAUUCGUUUGAUGAACUGGGUACCUUUUUAGAUGAUGUGAAAAAGGCUCAGGAGGACGCUCCUGGGCAUGAAAGAAAAGCCUGGGAAGAUGCAGGUGCCACUAACUGUGUGUCAGAACUUUGGACAAAGGAUGGUAAAACAGUUAUGCCAAAUAGUUGGAUUCCAACCAUGUUGAAACAGACCCAUGGGCUAUGCCAUGCUGGUGUGGCCAUUAUGAUGUUUGCCCUUGAUGCGUGGUGGUUCCCGCAGAAAAGGAAGACUGUUGUGGACUAUGUCCAAAGGUGUGAAAUAUGUCAAGCGUGUAACAUCAGACCUACAGACAAACCACCGGUGGGCAAAUACCCUAAACCCCAGGGACCUGGGGAACAGGUGGUCAUGGAUUUCACGGAUAUGGGUGUCCGGGUGGGAGGGAAACGAUUUUUGUUAGUCAUAGUGGAUGCCUUCUCCAGGUGGAUAGAAGCCUAUCCUACUGGAAAAGAGGAUGCAAAAGCGGUCAUAAAAUGUCUGGUGAAUGACUACAUUCCUAAACACGGUUUCCCAAAACUCAUUCGGACUGAUAAUGGCUCUCAUUUUAAAAACAAACAUUUGAGAGAAGUAGAGACUGUUUUGGGUCUGGAACACAAAUAUGGCUCGGUGUACCACCCGGAAUCGCAGGGAAAGGUCGAGAGGGCUAAUAGAACCAUUAAAGGGAAGUUGUUAAAAGUCUGUAAGACCACAGGAAUGUCCUGGCCUGAUGCACUCCCUGUUGUUCUAUUAUCAAUUCGCUCUUCCGUUAACUCGUCAACAGGGCUGACUCCGUUUGAGCUUACCUGUGGCAGACCCUUUCCCGGUCCUUUGCAUCCUUUCUGUGUGCUUCCCGCUGUUGGGUACCGCCCCUAUUAUCAGUCGGUUAAUGCUAUUGUUUCAGCUUUCUCCUGUCCAGGUGCUCCUUAUCCUGCUCCACCUCAGAGGUCAGAACUCAAGGCGGGUCCCCCUGAACACCUCUGGUUGAAGGUGUUAAAGAGGAAGUGGUCGGAACCACGUUGGACGGGACCACAUCAGGUGACAGCAAGGACCUCCACAGCGGUUCAACUGAAAGGGAAAGGCUGCGUCUGGUGGCACUUGACACAGUGCUGUUCCACCAACGGUCCACCACCAGGAGGCGAUCUCAUCUCCGGCGGCAUCGAUACAGGGGAGCCAACACCGCCGGAAAUCGCUCUGCAGGGACACCAGUCAUCGGAACAGCACCUGGGGUAG